ACGACAACAACGUUAAAAUAUUAGGAAUAUAUCAGAGGAAAGAAACUUGCAAUGGCAUUUUUGUUUCUCUGUGUAUUUUAAACCCAAUACUAUCCCGCCUACUCUUUCACAGAGUUCUUUUUCAAUUCUUUCUUACAUCCUUUGCUUUGUGAAGAUACAGGGCUCAAGUUCAGUCUCGAUCUUUUAUAGAGAAAGUUUUCUCAAGAGGAUAGAACUUUUGGGUCCAGUUACCUGCCUAGUUUCUGUUUAAUGCUUCGUGUUGCUCUUAUUUAAGGCCAAGGCAAGUAAAUAUGAAAAGGGAAAAUGUACUUCCUUCUAAUUUUAGGCAUGGUAAUGGUCCCAUAACACGAGCAGCUGCCUUGCGUGCUUCUGGGACGAUGCCACCUUUAAAGGCACCAACAAAACAAGAUUGGAAAAGGAAUUUGCGAACAAACAGAAAAAGAGCAGCCUUAGAUGAGAACAGUACUAGCAGACCUGAUAAUGCAGAUAAUCAAUGUAAGAGGAGAGCAGUGCUUCAGGAUGUCACAAAUGUUUGCUGUGAGAAUUCGUAUACGAGUUGCUUCAGUGCAACUAAAAUUCAGGCUAAGGUAGCCAAGCAGGCUAAAAAGGUUCAGCUUGAUGUAUCAAAAGUUGCCCCUUCAAGUGCCUCAGAACACCCACGUCUUAAAGCUAGUUCAAAGAAAAAGAUUGUUUGUCGAGAAGUAAAAAUAGAACCUUAUUCUGAAGUUGCAUCCUCAACUACUUCGGAAAAAGACGUACCUUCUCAGCCCAGUGGCACAGGGGAGUUUGGCACAGAUGAUCCUCAGCUUCCUAAUCUGUGUUCAAUAGUGCCUUCCCAUCCCCAUCAUUCUCCAAAAAAAGCUGAGAAAUGCAACGUUUCUGAGAAUUGGAAGGCAUCAAGUGAUCCAGAAUUUAUAGACAUUGACAGUGAUCACAAGGAUCCUCAACUUUGCAGCCUCUAUGCUGCUGAUAUCUAUAACAAUUUACGUGUUGCUGAGCUUGUCCGAAGGUCUCUUCCUACUUUUAUGGAAACAGUACAACAAGACAUUACUCAAAUAAUGAGAGGGAUUUUAGUUGAUUGGCUUGUUGAGGUAUCUGAGGAAUAUAAGCUGGUGCCAGACACACUUUACCUUACAGUAUAUCUCAUAGAUUGGUUUCUCUCUCAAAAUUACAUUGAGAGACACAGGCUUCAACUACUCGGUAUCACUUGCAUGCUAAUUGCUUCCAAAUAUGAAGAGAUUUGUCCGCCACAUGUGGAAGAGUUUUGCUUCAUCACUGACAACACAUACACAAGCAUAGAGGUGUUAAAGAUGGAGACUCAAGUGUUAAUUUUUUUUGGCUUUCAGAUAAUUGCUCCUACUGCAAAAACUUUUCUGAGGAGAUUUUUACGUGCAGCACAGGCAUCAUACAAGAACCCUAGUUAUGAACUGGAGUUCCUGGCUGAUUACCUAGCAGAACUGACGUUAGUUGACUACAGUUUCUUGAAUUUUCUUCCUUCUGUCAUUGCUGCAUCAUCUGUAUUUCUUGCCAGAUGGACGUUGGAUCAGACAAGCCAUCCAUGGAGUCCAACUCUAGAACACUAUUCUUCUUACAAGGCGUCGGAUCUUAAAACUACAGUUCUUGCACUGCAAGGUUUACAAUUGAACACCAAAGGGUGUCCUCUGAAUGCGAUACGCAUGAAGUAUAGGCAACCAAAGUUUAAAUCUGUGGCGGCCUUGUCUUCUCCGAAACUGCUUGAAACUCUAUUCUGAAGAUAAACACAGUGGUUCCACGUUUUUGAAAGUGGUUGCUAACAUAAACACAUCUAAAGCGAAAUUCCUCCUGGGAUUUAUCAUUUCCUUCACGAGAUUGUACCCGGAACGUUUUUACUCGUUAUAUACAUUUCUAAUAUCUUUUUUUUGUCCCCUAAAUCUGUGUAUAGAUUUUCAUGACAUCUAUCAGGUUUUGGUACUUCCAACUCUGGUAAUUUGAAGGAAAUAUCUUGUCUACAAAUAGGGCUAUGUCAUGCUACUACAGAUUUCAGAAUAACCAUCAAUAUAUCUUUCUUUUGCA